AGUGCCGCGUCUCGUUCGCGAGAGCCGCGCACGCACGCCGCUCGCUUGUGUAUACCGAUCGUCGUGCCGAUUUUUACCGCACAGUAUCAGAAUACCUACAGAUCGUCGAUCCUCGCUUGGUACCGGUCGUCAGUUCGGUGCUUUUCGGUGGAUGACCGGUUCUCGAAGGGCGGGGGGGGGUGGGGGGGAGAUCGGUUGGAAAAUCGGCUGAAAAAGAGUUUACGAUUUGUUUAUUCGGAGGAUCACGUGCAGAAUACCUCGCGCGUAUUUCUCUACUGAAGAAGAAGGAGAAGAAGAAGAAGUGGAGGAGGAAGCAGCAAGUGGUCUCUCGGCGUUCUCCGAGGUGGCGGCUGGCGAACGGCGCAAUUCGCUCUUUCUCUCUCUCUCUCUCUCUCUCUCUCUCCCUCUCUCUCUCUCUCUCUCUCUCUCUCUCCUCUUCCUGUGGAUUCGCCCGAUCGAAUCUCGAAUGGAAUUCUCUGUCUUCCUUUGACGCCGCUGCUGCUGCUGUGUUUGUGCAACUAAGUGGCUACGAAACGCUGAAGAAACGGCUAGUUUGCCUUAAUUAGCUCGUUCGUUAGCCGAGCGUAGCAGCUUCGUUAGGCAGUUUGUGCAGCAGAUCAAGGCGGGAGGAGAGGAGAAAAAGCGAGUGAGAUCGAAAAGUCCGCGUAAUUCGACGCUCCGAAAAAGUGCCCCUACUCGACUCUGCGUGGGCGAGUCGCGAGUGGGGGAGAGGACGCGCGCAACAAGAGGAAAGUGAAGGCGCUCUCUCGGUCCUCUUUGGGAUGCGCGAGUUAUGCCCCUUCGGGAGUGACUCUCUCGCGCGGCUUGCGAAAUAAAAACAAACGCCGGUUAAUGUUGUUGUUACUGCAGUACGCGAGCACAAUACCCGUGACCUAGAGAGUCGUGGAUUCGCUCCGAUAGGCCUUGCAGAAUAAGAAGAAACGCGCGAGAGGGAGAUAUGCAUGGAAAAAGAAGCAGCAGGAGAUAAUUCGAGGCCUGAUGCCCAGGGUCGAAGAGAUUAAGCUCGAAAACGCGAUUGAAGAUGCUGCGGCUCGAUAAGGAUCCGGCGUGGUGGUAAUCUUCGAGGCGGGAAAAAAGUCAGCCGAGAGAGUGAAGGUGAAGAGACUUUGCGUGUUUCGUGGAUUAUUCGCGGCGAGAGCAAGAGAUGAUGAUGCCCGCAUCGCUCAGAUAAGAGCCGCAAGCAAGAAGAGAGCAGGAGGAGGAGGAGAAGCUUCGGAGAGGAUCGUGUUUUUCAUGGGUAUUGCGGAUGAUUGAAAAUUGCAGACUCUCCUCCUCGCCGGCCGGGAAUAAGGGCAGGAUGGAGCGAGAGCCGAGGAAUUGAAAUAAUGAAAUGCUCGUUACGAGGCAAGAACGGCCUUUCGAGAUGAUUAGGAAACCAAAUUCUGUACAGCGUGACAAAGACUCGAAGGAGAGAUAAGAUAGAAAGAUAGAAGGCUGAUAAGUAAGAGAUAACGCUCUCGGAGUCCAGUUUUCGACGUUUGCAUUCACGAGAAUCCACUGGUUCUUGCGUAACGAACCAGCGUUAUCAGCGACGAUCGCAGGCAUCUCAAUUACCCGCCGAAAUUGAAACGUUCGCGAGUUUAAAAUCCGCGCUCGGUUAAUUUCUCUCCGGUGAAAAAGGAAGAAGAAUCGGCAAAAUCGCUCGUUAGGAAUGAGCGAGCCGCUGCUUUUCGCAACUCAAGAGAAAGCGUAAAAGAGAGGCCCAAACGCGAGCCACGCGCGCGGUCAUCGCUCGUUAGUCGUGUGUGUAAACUCGCAUCGGCGGCGGCGCUCGUUAGUGAGGGAAGUGAUUCGACGGCCGGUGAUGAAAAACGCUUGGAAUGAACGUGAUUUUUGUUAGUGCAAAGUGACACAUACAUGCAUAAGUGACAGUGCGAAAAAUGAGGACGUUAUCGUUUGAGAAUCUGAGGAGGCUCGUCGGUAGGAGGAAGGACCGGGACCACGAGCCGUCUUUCGAGCGCAGCGAGUCCUUCAAGCGCAUUUCCAUUAGGAAGAGUUACCUCGAUCGAGGUAAAAGACGCACCAGGUUGCAGAAAGCCAGCGAUUUGGCUGAGACCACGGCCGCUGCACCGGUGGUCACCGUUGAGAUGUCAUCCCGUACUAGGACGAAGAAGGUUGUUGGACCGACGAUCGUUCAGGUCCGAGGUGGUGGGAAUGUCUCGGACGAGUUUGACGUUGACGAGAAAAAGGAGAAGAGGAUCAGUCGCGAUGACGUUGAGGUCUUCGGUAUCAACGAGGUAGUGAUAGAGGAGGACGAUGAUGAGGAUGAAAUGAAGGUGAAAAGGAAGACUCCUGCUGGAACCAUAGUCUACGGACAGUGGCUCAACGACAUCGAUUCUUCGUACUCUUUGAAAGACCGAAAGUACAAGAUGGACUCUUACUCUUCUCGUGACUCCAAGUUCGACUCCUCCCGUGAGAGGAUAUACAUCUCGCAGGAGAAGCGUCCGUUCGCCAAACAAAACUUCGCCAUGUCUCCUGUGAGGAAAAUCAACGAGGACAACGAGAACAAUUGCAAGGUCUCGUCGGUGCUCAUCGAGAUGGAUAAGUCCCCUCAGCUGCCUAGAUCGCAGUCCAGAAUUCAAAUGAGGGAUGAACUCGACAGCCUAGAAGCGGUGGACGAGUACGACAACCGAAGCACAGCCGAAGACUACAACAGCACAACGUCCAACAACGUUAUCACCGUCAACGCCGUUCCUCGUUGGCGGGAUCCACCGAGUGUUCCAGCCACUAGCAGUUACUCCCUGUCCUCGAAUCCGGGCGUCGAGUCCAGUCUGGAGGAUAGGUACAAUGACCGGAGCGUUAUCUCCAGAACGGUAUCAGCACCUGACAAACCGGUCGUUGGCAAAACCGACACAACUUCGACCAGAGCUUCUGGGUUUAGCCUAUCCCUGUCCUUUUCCAGACUGACGACUGAUUUGAAGUCAGCAGCUAUGACCACCAAAAAUGGUCUAUUCAGAAGACGCAAGAGGCCGACUCCGAUGAAGCCGUCUCCGAGCGUCAGCGCCCAAGGUUACUUCGAGCGAACCGCAGCCGCGUCAACCUCUACCAGAAGAUCCAGGAGGAGUAACGUAGGAAGUGGCAGGAGAAGACCAGUCUACACGUCCAGAAGACGAAAGAUUACAACGAGUAAGCCUAGUCCAGCACCAGACAGUCCGGUCUGGUUUGUACCACCCGAAAGGCGAAGAUCCAACCGCCAACGUGGCAGAGUCUGGAGGGAAGUCCGUUACCUUCCUCAGGAUGACGGUAAAUCAGACGCUGACAACGUGGACAGCAAAUCCAAUAACUGGUCCAACGACUCGAACCUGUCCGACGAAUUCGACGACAAGAAGCUUCUGCUGUCCGGAGACUUUGAGGAAAAGUCUGAGGCUUCGCUAAACCCUCGAAAAGCCGACUCUGGCUCGAACCUCGAUUCCUCGUCGUUGGUCUCCAGCUUGGCCAGCUCCACAUCUCUCAAACCCAAGAUCAGCGACUUUAACGAGGACAAGAUCUUCUACGAAGAGUACCGUGGCGACAAGUCCAAACCCGUCAACCCUCCCGAGAGCAACUACUUCGCUAGCAGUCAGUUCCUGGGAUUCGUAGCCAAAAGCGCUGGUCGAAACGUCGUCACAACCACCAUCACCACCACCAACAACAGCAACCAGCGCUGCGGUUGCACCUCCUCCAGUGAAUCCGACGAACCAGAGCGGGUUUUACUGGUCGUGGGUGGCAGUAAGAAGGACGGCAAGGACGCGGUAAGUCUGAACGUCGCCGGUGGCGAGAAGAGGAACUGCUCCGUGGUACUGGUAGUGGAGAGUCAGAGAUCCAGUGGCGUCAACAGACAGCAGGAGGUUGGACCAGGCCAGAGGAGGCGACCGCUCAGAAGAAAGUCUCAACUGAGGCGGGGCGGCGCUGCCGGUGGUAACAACGCCAGGGGACAGCCAGUUUACCUCGCAAGGAGGAGGUCGUCGCUCAGGAGGAGACCCUGUAGGGACAUCACGCAAAAGGGCUACGAGAAGAAACGGACGCGACUACUGCAGCAGUAUGCGUCGAAACAGCUUGGCAGCGGAAAUAACGGAAGCGGCGGAGGUGGUGGUGGUGGUGUUGGUCUCGAAAGGACAAGUUUCGGCAGUGGCAGCGGCAGCGGCGGAGGCGGCGGCGGUGGCGGAGGGCGUCCGCAGCCACGCGCCAGGCGCACUCAACGUCGCGUCACCCACUCCGAAAAGCGCUAUCACUCAGGCGGCCGGCUAGCGCCUGGCGCUAUUGCCAGUCCCCCGGGCUCCGGCGGCUCGACGGGUGGCCACAGCAACAACAACAACAACAACAACAAUACCGGCAACUCGAAUUCGGCUGCCACGAGACGCGGCAACCGCAGACUCACGCGCAACGAGAGCCGCUACCAUUCCGAGGUCCGCCAGGAAGCAGUGCAGCAGGCGUUGGCCGCAAUGCAGGGUCGACCCAAGCCCUCACUUCCUAUGCCAUCGAAGCGCACCUCCGUGAUGGCCCGCAGCCCGGAGCGCAGCAGUGGAGGUAACCAGGGCAGUGGCGGUGGAGGCGGUGGUAACCAAGCCGGCGACUCGAGCAGCGACGAGGACAGCGUCGUUACGGAGGAGAGUCCGGGCGCGGGUGGACCCAGUGGUACCGGCCUCUCCGACACCAGCAGCACUGGCUCCGCCAGGGACACGCCACCGCCGCCGAGACCACCGGCUAGGAGGCCACCUGCGGAUAUCACCGACAUCGCCGAGUAUACGCCACACGCCUACUGCAAUCUCGUGCAGCCGCCCGAUGUCACGCACACGACCACGCAGUCGCGUAGACCUGCGGGAGCUGACAGAGUCAAUAGGUACCACGUAGUAGAAGAUAAUAACACUGGAACGACAGGCCGAUGGAAGGUGUCGGCAAAGAUCCAACAACUGCUCAACACGCUUAAACGGCCAAAACGCAGACCACUGCCAGAGUUUUACGAGGACGACGACAUCGAGUUGGAAAUCGCAGCUAAUCCGAAGGAUCCAAACGCUCCGAAACCCGAGGGUGGCACCAUGACACCCGCCGUCGGCGAACAGCUCUCCGUGCCUUCUGGACUGCCUAGAUCGGUCGAAGCUUCUAUUCAGAGGUACGGCUCGGCCUCGUACAAGGCGCCGGCGGCCACAGUUCUGGACCCGAACGGCAAGCUAUGCGUGACGCUGACCUACGGCAAGCUGCUCAGUCGCUCGUACAAGAUAGCCUACACGCUUCUGAACAAGGCUCUGAGUCGCGUCGUCGGCGAAUGUUGCCUCAAGCCUGGAGACCGCAUCGCCCUCGUCUACCCCAACGAUGAUCCCAUCAACUUCAUCUGCGCGUUCUACGGAUGCCUCCAGGCUGGAAUCGUGCCUGUACCCAUCGAGGUGCCGCUCACGCGUCGCGAUGCCGGAUCACAGCAGAUUGGCUUCCUGCUCGGUAGCUGUGGCAUUCAGGUCGCUCUGACCAGCGAGGCGUGUCUCAAGGGCUUGCCGAAGACUGCCGCCGGCGAAGUGAUCGCAUUCAAGGGCUGGCCGAAGCUUCACUGGUUCGUGACGGAGCAUCUAGGCAAAACCCCUAAGGACUGGAUGCCGCCGACGCGGCUCACCGACGACACCCCGGCCUACAUCGAGUACACCACCGACAGGGACGGCUCGGUCAUGGGCGUCACGGUCACGCGGGCUGCCAUGCUAGCCCACUGCCGUGCCCUCACUCAGGCGUGCGGCUACACCGAGGGAGAGAACGCAGUAUGUGUUCUGGACUUCAAACGCGAAGUCGGCCUCUGGCACAGCACGCUCACUAGCAUCUUGAACGGCAUGCACGUCAUCUUCAUUCCGUACGCACUGAUGAAGGUGAAUCCGGCGAGCUGGAUGCAAAUGAUCACGAAGCACAGAGCAAGCGUCGCCGUAGUCAAGUCCCGAGAUCUACACUGGGGACUGCUCGCGACAAAGGACCACAAGGAUAUAUCCUUGUCGACGCUGCGACUUUUGCUUGUCGCUGACGGGGCCAACCCCUGGUCGCUUUCAUCCUGCGACCAAUUCCUCUCGGUCUUCCAGUCCAAGGGCCUGAGGCCAGACGCCGUCUGCCCCUGCGCCUCAUCGAGCGAAGCCCUUACGGUGUCGGUCAGAAGGCCUGGCCGAGCUGGUGUUAACGCCACUGGUAGAGGCGUGCUCAGCAUGUCGGGACUAAGUUUCGGCGUGGUCAGGGUCGACCAGGAAAACUCUUUGACGUCGCUCACACUGCAAGACUGUGGUCAAGUCAUGCCUGGAAGUAUUGUAACAGUGAUAAAGAUGGAAGGACCACCGCUAGUCUGCAAGACGGACGAGGUCGGAGAAAUCUGCGUGCACAGUGCAGCAACGGGUAGCCAAUAUUGGGGUCUGCAGGGCCUUACCAACAAUAACUUCAAGGUACAACCGUUGCAAGCUGAAGGCCAGCCACUCGGCGAUGUCGAGUACACGCGAUCCGGACUUCUUGGUUUUCUUGGACCGGGCAACCUUGUCUUUGUUUGCGGCUCUCGAGAUGGUCUCAUGACUGUCACCGGGAGAAAACACAAUGCGGAUGAUAUCAUCGCAACCGUACUAGCCGUCGAGCCAAUGAAAUUCAUCUACAGAGGAAGAAUUGCUGUGUUUAGCGUGAGAGUAUUGAGGGAUGAGAGAAUAUGCGUUGUCGCUGAGCAGCGACCCGAUUGCAGUGAAGAAGAGAGUUUUCAAUGGAUGUCACGAGUCUUGCAAGCAGUCGAUUCAAUUCAUGCUGUUGGUAUAUACUGCUUAGCGCUCGUACCGCCUAAUUACCUCCCAAAGACACCACUAGGAGGUAUCCACUUGUCCGAGACAAAGAGACGUUUCCUCGAGGGUACCCUUCACCCGGCCAACGUUCUUCUAUGUCCUCACACUUGCGUCACGAACCUGCCAAAGCCACGUGAGGUUCAUUCGGCGGGGGAUUCUGUUUCAGAUGUGGGUCCGGCCAGCGUCAUGGUGGGUAAUAUCGUCCAGGGUAACAGGCUCGCCUCGGCGCAGGGCAGAGACAUGGGCGUCCUCGACGAGGACAGUGAUAAUGCCAAAAAGUAUCAAUUCAUCUCGGAGAUUCUGCGAUGGCGUGCGGUCGGCACUUCUGACCACGUGAUAUUCACCUCGCUGAAUUCUAAGGGUGCGGUUGCCGCCUCUCUGUCCUGCUCACAGCUCCACAAGAAGGCCGAGCGCAUCGGAAACCUUCUGCUCGAUCGCGGAAGGAUCAACACCGGUGAUCACGUUGCGCUGCUCUUCCCGCCUGGGACCGAUCUCAUCUGUGCGUUCUACGGUUGCCUCUACGUCGGCGCUGUUCCGGUUACUAUCCGACCGCCUCAUCCUCAGAACUUGCAAACUACACUGCCCACUGUUCGCAUGAUCGUCGAUGUUAGCAAAUCCGUGCUCAUACUGACCAAUCAGACCAUCUUGAAACUACUUAAGUCAAAGGAGGCCAACAAUGUCGUCGAAGUCAAGAGCUGGCCAACGAUCCUCGACAUGGACGACAUGCCAAAGAAGAAACUUCCUGUUUUGUACCGUGCGCCUACAGCUGAGAUGCUUGCCUACUUAGAUUUUAGCGUGUCGACAACCGGCAUGCUCGCCGGCAUUAAGAUGUCCCACGCGGCUGUUACUUCUCUCUGCCGGGCUAUGAAACUAGCAUGCGAACUCUAUCCGUCGCGACACAUCGCGCUCUGCUUGGAUCCGUACUCCGGACUUGGAUUUGCUUUGUGGUGUCUGAGCAGUAUAUACAGUGGACAUCAUUCGAUUCUUAUACCUCCUUCCGAAGUCGAAGCCAAUCCAGCAUUAUGGCUGUCGGCAGUAAGCCACUCGAGAGUACGCGAUACUUUCUGCUCCUACGGCGUUAUGGAACUUUGUACAAAAGGCCUCGGAUCGUCGGUUCAUGCCUUAAAAGCCCGAGGAGUCAGUCUCGCCUGCGUGAGAACUUGCGUCGUCGUGGCUGAAGAGAGACCGAGGAUAGCACUGACCAGUAGCUUUAGCAAACUUUUCUCCGCUCUCGGCUUAAGCCCUAGAGCAGUGUCAACCUCUUUUGGUUGCAGAGUUAAUACGGCCAUUUGUCUACAGGGAGCAUCAAGUCCCGAACCCUCAACGGUCUACGUGGAUCUACGAGCUUUGCGCAACGACCGCGUCUCCCUCGUGGAACGUGGCUCGCCUCACUCACUCUGCCUCAUGGAGUCUGGCAAACUGCUACCAGGCGUCAAGGUUAUAAUUGCCAACCCCGAAACCAAAGGCCAGUGCGGUGAUUCACAUCUCGGCGAGAUCUGGGUACAGUCGUCGCACAAUGCCAGCGGUUACUUCACCAUCUACGGUGAUGAGAGUGACUACGCGGAUCACUUCAACGCUCGCCUUGUCACCGGCAAUACGAACGAGGUUUACGCGCGCACAGGAUACCUUGGAUUCCUUAGACGCACUGAGAGCGUACAGCAGAGUGUCGGUGGUACUGACAUACCCGGUGAUAAUGUUUCAAAUGUUUCGGCCUCGGAAGUAGAUGUGGCACGAGGUGAUUCUGAGCUACACGAUGCUGUGUUUGUUGUGGGAGCUCUGGACGAAGCGAUUUUGUUAAGAGGAAUGAGGUAUCAUCCAAUUGAUAUCGAGAACAGUGUUAUGAGGUGUCAUAAGAAGAUCGCGGAAUGCGCUGUAUUUACGUGGACAAAUCUGUUGGUCGUGGUUGUGGAACUUGACGGUAGCGAAAGUGAGGCGCUUGACCUUGUCGCUCUUGUGACCAGUGCCGUACUCGAAGAACACCAUCUCGUUGUCGGCGUUGUCGUGGUGGUUGACCCCGGUGUCGUGCCCAUUAACUCGCGUGGCGAGAAGCAGCGCAUGCAUCUUCGCGAUGGUUUCCUCGCAGACCAACUCGACCCUAUCUACGUGGCGUACAAUAUGUAAACGAUAACGAGCUUUUUCGCGUUCUCUCCGCAAGUAGAAGGAAAACAUGGGUUAAGAAGUCUCGCACAAGCUUUCAUUUUUAUUGUAUGUUUACUUUUUUUGUACCAGUUCAGUUCGUAUACUCCGACAGUAAGUCGUUGUCACUUGUCUUAUUUAUUUUUGAUGAUUUACGUAAUGAUCAUACGUAAUGAACAACCACGUAUAUGCUUGUCUUUCUUAUUUUCCGUGACUCUGUUAACGCAUACAGGAAUUUACACUUGUUUGUUUUUGACACGAGCACGCUGCAGCUUUUUUAAAGUUACAUACGUUUUACAGAUAUUGUGUUGAGAUGAUGACAAUGAAGUUUCAGAUAUACAGUAAUCUUGAAUGGUGAUAAGAAAUUUUUCACUUUUAAAAAUGUUUAUAUAGAGUUUUUGCAUUUUUUAUAAUAGUGCAGAAAUUAUGACAGUUAGUGAUAGAGAACUAAGAGCUUAUACUGCAAGUCGUUUGAUUAAACUAAAGGAUUGACUUAUGAUUCAAGUUCGCGCGAGAAAAUUAAAUAGUGAUUGUGUUAUUUGAACAGAGUGAAAUGACAACAUUUUAUUCAUUGACUUCAACGGUGCUCGAAGUAUAAGCUUUUCAUUUCGAGAAACUUAGACUGUAGAAUCACACAUCACGUACAUCGACUCGCACAUUAUUAAUCAACCUCAAUUACGAGGAAAAACAGUGACAAUUUUAUAUCUUGUCAUCAUAAUGUUUUUGUGAACUAUCGUUUUAUGUACUGAUUAUUAACCAAUAUGAUACUAACAUACACAAUUUAUUUAAAAUUUUGCUCAAGUGAUCGCGCAAUGGUGUCGAUGAGAUCAUUUCUCUCUUAAUACAAACACACAUGACUGUUUUUCAAUGGGAUGUACAUUUGUUGAUACUUUUAUAAUUUAAUAAGCUUAUUUUAUUCUGUAAAGGAAAUAAAAAGGGGAACAAGCGAAACUGGCUUCACAGUGACGAGUGAAUUCUCGCGACAUUUUAUUCUCUUUUCAUUUCUUUGUAGUGCAAUCCUUGUAUUUACAUAUUUAAUUCCCUAGAUCAGUUCUCAAAAAAUAUAAAGGAAAACUAAUUAACCGCGACUAGACACUUUGUACAUAAUAAAAUUACAACUAAGAUGAACUAGGACCUUCUUUUUCAUUCUGUAAUGCGGAAUCGUGCCAUCGCGUAAUUUCUCUUUAUACUCGGCGUCAUCAUGCAUCGCCUCUUCUGCGCUUCUGUGCAGCUAUCUCUUUAUUCUUUAUUUUUAGAGCGCCGGCAAUUUUUCCCUGUAGGUUUGUGCAAUUACUGUUGAAGACGUCCCGAAAAAGCAAAACCAGUUAAAAUUAUCUUCAGAUUGUGCGAAAGAACUCUUGCUUCUCGACUUGUACGGAAGUUUCGAGAGCUAUUUUAACAACUGGCUUAUGGUUACAAAAGAGCGAUUUUCAAGAAUAUGAGAAAAAAUAAACAAAUUUUUAAGAAAAAAAAAUGAUAUAACGAAAGUGAAUCUAUCUUUCAAAAGUGCUUAAUUCACGAUAACAUUAUUCAAUACAUACUAUUUAUAUAAAAGCACGCAGUAAAAUUUUGUACACAUCAAGUCAUUAAAACGAGUCUCGAUGAAGCAGUUAAGAAAUCGUGCGGUUUUACGAGAUUUGGAGUGUGUUAGUUACUCAAAAAAGAGGAAGUAAAAAAAUUGAACGUCAGUUGCUCCCAAUUUAAAGAUCGCCUUGAUCUCAAUAAUAGCUCGUAUCAAUAGAGAUUUUACUCCAAAGUAGAAGAAAAAGCGAAUUUACUCGGACACCGGUAAAUUUUGUAACGAUCGGCGUUUUAUACAUCGGAGUCAGUAUAUUUCUAUAACAGAAUGCAUUUGUAGGGCGCUCGGCGAAUUCGAAGAUCGAAUUUUUUGCACAAUCCUACCUCCGCCAGGGCCGAGUACGUAUGGAGAGUAUUUUAUGUUAAAUUUAAUAUAGCUUGCAGUGUUUUCUUAGAUUUUGUUUGUUUAUCUACAACCAUCGACAAGAUAGUAAAACCAAUGCUAUCUAACACUUGAAUCUUUAAAAAAUUUAGAUUAUCCGCUACCUAGCGAAACAAUUCAAUAAAACUGAUUGUGCCGCUAUUGAUGUUUUUAUAGUAUUAUUGUUGACUGUAUGUCAGUAACCACUAUGAAAUCUCUUCGUGAAUCAGAAUUUUACUUUAACAAAAUUAAAUAUUUACUUGGAAAAAUAUUUAUAAUCAAUCAUUCCAUCAGCAAAGUGCACUUUUCAUUGAAUUUACGAUUCACGAAAAUGCAUUUCUAAAGAAAACAAAAUCAAAGAUUCUGCUGCAAUGUGUAAUCGAUUUAACGUAGGGUGACUCAGGAAUGAAUCAUCGAAGCGCGCCCGGCAAUUUGCCGUUACCGGGUGCGUCGUGGUAUUUGGUUGUAUAAUGUAUAAAUGUUGAUACUAGUAGUAGUGAUAAUGUGGAAUACUUGUCAUACCGAUUACGUUAUAAAUUUAGGUCCAGGUCUGGCGCGUGUCACAGUCCAAGGGACGUUUUAUUAGUUAUUUCGCAAUGUUUUUACGACUUGAUGACGGAAGGUAGAUGCGAGGAUAAAAAGAAAGAGAGAAAAAGGGCAAACGAGAGAAAGAAAAAAAGAAAGAGCCAAGUGCCGUGUAUAUAUUAUUAAGAUUAUUCGAGUCGUAGAGAUUUAUUGUUUUAAAGUAUAAGGUACGAUCAUAGAUUGUAUUUCGAGCGUACGCUAAUUAUAAUAUUGCGAAUGAAUUAUGUACUAUUAAUUAAUUGUCACAUUAUCGCAUAGCGUUUAAAAUGCCGUCAGACUAAUAUGUUAUUUUAUUCAAAGCGCGCAUAUUGUAUUAUUAUUCUCCUUGUCAACGUUAUUUGUUGAAUAAAGAAAAAAAGAAUGUGAAAAUUUAUGAAAAGAUAAUUUUCAGAUAAGACGUCGAUGAACAAUAGUCGGAAUGUACAAUAUAUUGUCAGCGAUUUGUAUUUUUAGAGGCGGUUGACAAUAUUUUAUAUUUUCCUACACAGGCAGUCCUCGCGGCGGAAUGAUCAACACACAAACUAAAUUAUAAAAAGAACUAUACGAGAGAAAAAUGCUGCUGUCUUGCAAACUUUCACUUUGCGAAAAUAUACAAUUUUGUCUAACACUUAAGACUUCUCGAGAGUAUACCCUUUUUUAUUGGAAGGAAAUUGAACACGAGGAGUAAUUGAGUAAAGAAGACUGUCCUAACAGUUGUUAGUAGCGCUUUUUUCUUAUUAACAAAUCGAUUGCUCGGCAAUCGUUAUACCCUUUCACACAUUUACACACCGAAACACCGACUGCGUUACAAUAUACUUAAAAAAGAAGAAAAAUAAAAUAAAAAGAGCCGUAUACGUACGCAUACGUACGCAUAGGACACAAUUUGUAAUCCACUUGAUAUUUACGGGGAACGUCGCAUGGACCGAGACACAAUUAUUAAUAAACGUAAUGUACAUUUUUUA